CAGCCAGGGCGCAGCGAACAGCUGAAAUGAAGAGCGAGCGGCGUAGUGUGUGUAUGCCUCUGGAUCUAAUAUCACCUACCUGUCCUUGUCACUCUGAUUCUCCGCGCAGCAAGCAGUAUCAGCCCGAUUUAUCUAUUUGCCCCUACUUCAAUCAAAACGCUGUGUUUUUUUUUCUGCGACGCGAAAUAUGCUGGGUUUCCUCUAAAUAGAUUUUAAGCAGUUUAAACAAAGGUGUUUUUUUUUUUGGUUUACUUUAAUUUGCGAGGGAGAAGCGUUGCUAUAAAUCUUGACACCAUUGAUUCCCACGUUCUGCUAUCCGUCGGACGUCUCUCUUUUUUUGCUUGCACUGAGAGAACUUAAUCUGCCUCUGACAGUGAGUCGAGCGCUUUCCUAUCCAUAUGAACUCUAUGAAGGAUCCAUUGAAUUUAGACCAUCACCACCACCACCACCACCACCACCAAACCGGGACUAAACUCUCUUCCACGCACCACAAGGCACUAGCAAUGGCCUCUAGUCUGCAGCCGUUGCAGCGGUCUGUGGACUCCAAACACCGGUUAGAGGUACACACAGUAUCGGACACCUCCAGUCCAGAGUCCGUAGAGAAAGACUCAAAGGGCCAGAGCAAAAAUGACGACUCUUCAGAUGACCCUUCUAAAAAGAAGCGACAGAGACGACAGAGGACUCACUUCACAAGCCAGCAGCUUCAGGAACUGGAAGCCACGUUCCAGAGGAAUCGCUAUCCGGACAUGUCUACAAGAGAGGAGAUAGCCGUGUGGACCAACCUCACAGAGGCCCGCGUCAGGGUUUGGUUCAAGAACCGGCGAGCAAAAUGGAGGAAAAGAGAAAGGAAUCAACAAGCUGAGCUAUGCAAGAACGGCUUCGGUCCUCAGUUCAAUGGACUUAUGCAGCCCUACGAUGAUAUGUACCCCAGCUACACGUAUAACAACUGGGCCGCCAAAGGGCUAACGUCGGCCUCCCUGUCUACCAAAAGCUUCCCUUUUUUCAAUUCCAUGAAUGUCAACCCUUUGUCAUCGCAGACGAUGUUCUCCCCGCCGAACUCCAUUUCUUCAAUGAGCAUGACCUCUAGCAUGGUGCCGUCCGCGGUCACUGGCGUGCCCGGUUCAAGCCUUAACAGCCUCAAUAACUUGAACAACCUCAGCAACCCCUCUCUUAAUUCGGGAGUUCCCACGCCAACCUGCCCGUACGCCCCGCCGACCCCCCCUUAUGUGUACAGGGACACUUGCAACUCCAGUCUGGCUAGCCUGAGACUGAAAGCCAAGCAGCACUCGAGUUUUGGAUACACCAGUGUUCAGAAUCCGGCCUCAAAUCUGAGCGCUUGCCAGUACGCCGUGGAUAGACCAGUCUAAUACCUGAGAAUACAUAAACCCCAGUCACAGGAACCAUAGACUACCUUUUUUCUUUUUCAAAAGGGCACUAGAAGACUAAACCACUGAAAUGAGCUAAACCCUGCGAUGGAGCUUUAAACUUAAACGGAAGUUAUUAGGCAUUUUUUGCUAAUGAGUAUUUUGUUCUUCACCCGCGAGUGCAGAAUUUAGGAUAGACCUACUUUAUUUUCGAAGCGUGUUUAUUUGAAAGUUUCGAAUUUUGGACGUUAAUUGACUGAAAGGUUGUAUAUAUAUAUCUAAAUAUCAUUUCCAGUUUAUUGAGGCGAAUGCUCUUGCUCUCUUCUCAAGGUUCAAUUUAACAAAGCAUGUGGAAAACCCUAAAGGAAUAAUGUUUUGCUUGCAAACAAGGGAAUGUACAUACUAAACGCACCAGUUGUGUGUUUCUAACAUAUAAAUUUAUUAAUAAAUGUCUGUGUGAAUAUCGAUUUAGAGUAGCAAUCCUGGGUAUUAAAAGACGCAUCAAAGGUUCCUGCAAAAUGACAUUGGUUUUGCUCUGUGUACACUAUUUGGUAUGGAAUUUUGUUUCGUUUUUUUCAACAUCAAAAAAAUAAACUAAUGUGUUUUAUUUAAUGGAAGUAAAUACAUUGUUCAAAACUUUUGUUGACGAUUUUUGUGCCGAUCCAAGUAUUCGUGUGAGUUUUGUCGAGUCUAUGUGUCUGUUGGGGUUCGAUUAUACGAGCCUACUAACCCGACUAAUCUAUUGCGAAAACAAUGGCCCUCUCCAAUACACAUAUGAGUCAAGAUGCCCCGUCAGAUUAACUGCUGAAUUACAUGUCUGCCUCUUAGCCAAGGCCCCCGAGUGAUCACUGAUGCUUGAAAUAACACUGGAAUCAACAAACAGGAAUUGGAACGAACAACAAAGGCACGAGCUCAUUAACUUCUGACGUAUAUUAAUCAUGAGGGCACGACUCUUGAAAAGAGAUGCUAAAUAUAGCCUAGCACUGGAUGUUUAAGAUGGGUUUCUUGAUCCAUCAUGUGAUUAUAGGCCUACAUAACGUAUUCGUCUAUAUCAAUAAUUGUACAUAAUACAUUACCAAAAUCAAUAAUACCAAUACAGGGUUAGGCUAUUGUAUUUUGACCAGUGCAAUGUUCUACGAAUCUCUCAUAAACACAACGAUAAACUAUUGCAAAACUAUUCUGUAGCCAGUUGAGCAUUGAGAGCUAGGCCUAUGACGUCAUGUUCUAGGCGUAGGCGUUCAUAUGGUUAAUAUGUGCACUUUUGCUAUAGCUUAUCUGUCGGGCAGAUGGACAACAACCUGUCUUUCCAAUUAGAUAACAAUAAUCAUCAUUAUACCAAUAACAACUGGACAACUAUGACUACGACAAUAACAAUGUUAUACCUUGCUGAAAAGUGCAUACAUUUGUUUUUUAUGUGGCCGAGCCGACUACUAUUUUUACAGAUAGCCAACCUUCUUUUAUACAUUGUGUUGACUGACACGUUUGAUCCGCCAUUGUAGAUUUGUCUAGACCGUCCGGUUUAUGAUGUGCUGUGGUCCGUCAUCAAAUGCACCAGCGCGUUUAUAGAAAAUCCGAACCACUCCACCGUACCGAGAAAAUAUCAUUCACAUGUUUGAACAAACAAACAAAGAGAGGAAUAUAUCUAGGGGACGGAGGAGACGUGUGAUUUCAGGACUUCAGGACAGAGCUCAAGCUCAUUUUAGGUGGCAGAUGAAAAAUGGAAAAGUCACCACUGUUGGCCACAUUGACUAAGGAUACAAAUCCCCCUUCAAACUUUCAGCAGAUGUCGAGGGAAAUAGCCUUCCGUUCUAAAUCAAAUGGAAUGUGCAGGGUAGUUUUAUUUUGGCUUGUGGGAUUAUUUCAUAUUUCCAGGUGAGCUAUUGUUACGUUUAUAACUUGUUAUUCAUCAUGCCCAUGCGAUGAAAGUAAAAACAAUGGACCUAAUUUGGAAGGAAAGGUGAUUCAUGUUAUUAUGGAAUCCUAUUUGUGCUGCAGCCACAGCCAAUCAGUAUUUUCAUGGGCCCAUGCUAUGAACGUUAUUCUAGUCAGAAAAAAAUAUUGGCGAAAAUAAAUUAUCUAAAAUGA